AUGAGCUAUAGAGAUAGGGGACUAGAGAAGACGGAAAUUGGAGAUGCACCACAUUCUGGAAGACCAGUUGAAGCUGAUGAAGAUACAAUAAAGGCAUUAAUUGAUGCAAAUCGGCGAAUAACAACAACUUGUGAGAUCGCUGAGAGAUUUGGUUCAUCAAAUUUGAUCGUUUAUGAUUAUUUGAAACACCUGGGUUUAAUCUCAAAGCUCGACAUAUGGGUUCCUCAUGUUCUUACAGAAAGAAAUCUGUGCGUUGACGUCUGUGAUUUGCUUCUCAAACGUCAAAAAAAUGAUCUGUUUUUGAAGCGCAUUAUUACUAGGGACGAAAAAUGGGUUGCCUACAACAAUGUUAAACGCAAAAGAUCAUGGAGUAAAAAAAAUGAACCGGUUCAAAGCACUUUGAAAGCCGAUAUUCAUCAAAUAAAGGUGGUGCUAUCUGUUUGGUGGGAUUUCAAAGAAAUUGUUCUUUUUUUGGCUUCUAUCGGACAACACAACGAUCAAUUCUGA